CCUCUAGAGGCAUGCUAAGCAGAAGAUCUGGAGGGGAAUGGGAGGAGGGUUGGCAGUCCACAGUCUCAGGUCCCUCAUCUCCGGUUUCUGCUAGCAGCACGUCAGGCAUCGUGUAUGCCGUCCCUGGCAUUUGCUCACUUUUAAGCUUUAGUUAUUUGGAUAAACUAAGCCCUACAAGAAUCUAUAAUGUAGUGUAUGAUUCCCCAAGAAAGUCCUUUUCCCAAGGUCAGGCAUUUAGACAUUAAGCCCCCCAUUCCCUCAGGGGCUUAAAGAAAGUUCUUGCUUGCUUUAAAAAAAAAAAAAAAAAAGACAUUCUUAUCUCUGGCAAGAAGAACUUGUGGUCCUCCAUUAACAUAUAUAUAUAAAACUGGUGCCUAUUAACUUUGUCAAGGUCAAUGCUAGCCUCCCGGAUCCCUGAUCACAAGCCACACCCCAGCUCACUUGCCCUUGUCCCAUUUAAUCCUAUGUGCAAUAGAGUAUAAAAGGUAUAUUCUAUUUUCAAUAAACCGAACAGGCAGCCAUACUUAUUCACCCUCAGAUCCUGUCAGUCAUAGCCCUCUCCCCUCCCCCCAACUCCAUACAUCUUCUAUGGGCCCUGAACCCUGAAAGAGCUGGUCUCCAGCAUAGCCCCCUAAAGAUUGUUUUUCAGAAGCUGCUCUAAGAGAGCCUGAUGGCAAUUUCAGGAUCCACCAGAGCCCAGCCAAUCAAGUUAAAGCUGUCUUCCUGCUACAUGAAGUCAGUCCAACCUAGGCCCCCUUAGAUCCUGGAGACAACCCUCAGCCCUGUCCCUCUUCAAUACCAAGUAGCUAGGGAGAGAAUCCAUCGCCUCAUCUUAUCUGUUGUCAGGGUCUGGAAUGACAGGUUAAAGACCUAAAAGCCUCAAGUGGACCUGACUGACGUCACCUGUGGGAGCUUCUGCAUAAUGGCUCCUGCCUUCAAAAUUGAGGCAGGUUCCUCAAUUCUGUUGGCUUAAACCCAUGUCUGCGGAGUCUUCUUUGGUGAAUACCCCACAACAUUCCGAUUAAAGAAUAAUUCAGCUUCUGGAGACGUCUAUCUGCUUUCACACAUUUCCAAGUUACCUCCAUCAGUUCCUAACAGGCAACCUUAUCAGACCUUGCUACACAAAGGGAAUACAGGAUAUCUCAAGAACAUCACAGCAAGCACACAAUGGCCUUGGAACCAGUGACCAAAGGCUUGGGAGGUGGGCAGGUCGGCUGAAACCUUGCCAAGUCUGCGCCUGGACGAGAACACAAAACUGGUGUUUCCUUUUGUCUUUUCAUCAGCGCCGCUGAGCAGAUUGGCCUGGCCCCGACAGGUUUCAUUGUAGCCCUAGCUGGUCUUGAACUCCUAAUCCUCCUGCUCCAUCUCCCCAAUGCUGGGUGACAAGUUGUGUGUGCCAUCACACCCAAUUUUCCGUGAAUAAAUCUGGAUUUCUCAUGUCCUUUUUGGAGACAAGGUCUCCUGCGGCCCAGGCUGACCUCUCACUACGCUGCAACUCCAGAUUUUCCCGUUUCUACCUUCAGCCCCGAGCACGUGCCCAGUUAAAUCUGAGCCAGCUGUGGAAUGCCUCCGGACAGCAACCAGGCCUGGGCAGGACUACGCAGGAACGCACCGGUUUCGGGACUGUACUGGAGGCGGCUGGUCCUGUCCAUCAAGGAGCAGGGACUCCCUGGAGCCAAUCAGGAUGGCGUGUAAAGCGGAGUCUUCCAAUCAGCAGCGGGCAGCCGCUCUUCCGGUGCCGCCCUGAUGGGCGCUCACCUCGGCAGCGCAGCAGCGCGCACGGUCCGCAGUGGUACCAGGAGCGCAGGGGGAGCGGGAGCGCGCCAUGGACCCGGUGACCUUUGAGGAUGUGGCUGUGAACUUCACCGAGGAAGAAUGGGCCUUGCUGGAUAGUUUCCAGAAGAAUCUCUACAGAGAUGUGAUGCAGGAGACCUACAGGAAUCUGACUUCUAUAGGAACAAAAUGGGAACAGUGGGAUGUGGAAGCUUACUGCAGAAGGCUAAAGAGAUAUAUGAGAAUCCAAAUGGUAAAGAGAGACCAUGAAUUUACAGACAAUGGCCAGCAUAGAGAAGCCAUAGCCCAAGAUCCAGUCGAUAUCACAAACAAGACUCCUGAACUUCCUGAUUGCCACAACAUCAGUCAGUCGUCCCCGAAGAGGCAAGUUACAUUCAACCCUAAACAGAGACCAUGUGACUAUCAGAAAUAUGUCAAGAAAUACUGUGAAUGUGAAACGUGUGGUAAAGCCUUCAUGUGCCCAAGCUCCCUUAAAAAACAUAAAAAGAUCCACAACGGGGAGAAACCUUAUAAAUGUAUGCACUGCGAGAAAGCCUUCCGUUACCGUCACUGUGCCAAUAGGCAUAUGCUGACUCACAGUGCAGACAGGCAUAAAUGCAAGGUGUGUGGAGAAACAUUUCCUAAUGCCGAUGCCCUGCGGGGACAUAAGAUAAUUCACUCCGGAGAGAUACCUGAAUGUAAGGAAUGUGGGAGGAUGUUCUGGACUGUCAGUUCCCUCGACAUGCACAAAAGGCUUCAUACAACAGAAAAACUUUAUGAAUGUAAACACUGCCGGAAAACUUUCAAGAGUUACUGUUCCUUUAAACUACACGAAAGGAUUCACACUGGGGAGAAACCUUAUGAAUGUAAGCAGUGUGGGAAAACCUUCAGACAUUCCAGCCAUGUUCAAGCACAUGAGAGAAUUCACACUGGAGAGAAACCGUAUGAAUGUAAAGAGUGUGGGAAGACCUUCACUUCUGGCCACUGCGCACGAAGACAUUUAGGGACACACAGUGGAGCCUGGCCUUACAAAUGUGAUGUGUGUGGGAAAGCUUAUCCAUAUGUGUAUUCGCUUCGAAACCAUGAAAAAAGCCACACCAAGGAGAAACUUUAUGAAUGUAUGCAGUGCGGGAAAACCUUUAAAUAUAGUGCUUCCUUACGAAACCAUUUGACCACUCACACUGGAGAGAAGCCGUAUGAAUGUAAGGAGUGUGGGAAAACCUUCAGUUGUCCCAGUUACAUCCAGAACCACAUGAGAACACACAAUGGACAGCCCUACAAAUGUCAAGAAUGUGGUAAGGGGUUCUCGUAUUCCAAAAGUCUUAGGAGACACAUGCAUAUACACAGUCAAUUGGUGGUGGAUAGUUUUAAGUAUGAGUUAGAAGAAGUUGAGUGUAAGUAGAAGCAGAGCCCCACACAUUCCAGCACAUGGGUUAAAAAUGAGCCUGCCGGUGCAGUGUGUGCGGAAGUCUGGUUUCAGUCAGAAUACGUGCCACAGUUUGUUCAUGUGUCAGACCCUACGAGUUGACAUCCUGUUGGGAAGCAAUUCAGCGCUGAGGACCUGAGAAGAAUGCUAACUUGGGAAAGCUUUUGGCCCAUCCUUGUUAGCACACAUGGGAAGACACAGCGGAAAGAAAACCUAUCACUGUUAAUAGCAUGCAUGGGGAAAGUUUUACCUUGAGUUUCAGCAGUGUGGGAAAGUCUUCAAUAAGCCACAGACCCAGACUCUGUAAAUGAAGGAAUACUUGCAAUGUUAACGUUUUUUUAAACCCAUGGAAUGAAGUGAGUCCCCAAAUCUCAUAAACCUAAGAAGUUUAAAAUCUGUUGAUUCCUGUGCUGUCCAGAAGCCACAAUUGGAAAGAAAUGUGAUAGUGUCCUGUGAUCUUUCUCUAGCUCACUGCUAAAUGUGUGGAUUUCUGAUUCUUAGUCAUAAUUCUGUUGCUAAAUUUUGAUUUAGUUAUACAUUUUUUGUUUGUUUUGUGUUUUGUUUUGUUUUUGUUUGUUUUUUGA